CCGUACAACUCUGGCACGGCGGAGGGUAACCUGCACAAUCAGCCUCAAAUUCUACACCAAGCCCAAGCCAGUCACUAACCGGAACAGCGGAUCUUUCUAGCCUUGCAGGAAUCACAAGCUUUGGAGGUGAGGGUGCUCCGGAGUCGACAUUCGGAAAGAGGCGGAGUCGGCGGCAUUUUGGAAGGGUCCGGUCGCGAUGGGAGGUGAAAAGAGGCAAUGACGGACAAGAGAGACGGCGUUGAGGAAGUUUAAGGGACAAGAUGAGGUUGAUGUUUCGGCGCCGACAUUCCGUGUUGGGUUUAGAGAGAGAGAAUAGUGGAGUAGAAAAUGGCUUCGUUUGGGUUAGUGCCGGGAUUCAAACGGGGUUGCAUGUGAAGAUUUGAUACGAGAUUGGGAAAGAUCUUUUGAACGGCGUUGAGAUAUUGUACUGCACAUAUAGCGCAUUGGACAUGGCUUGGAACAAAUGGAGUCGCGUCUCGGAAACGAUCAAGAUGUGGGCUCUUGAUGACGCCGUCUACAGCUGGCCCAUAACCCUUCUUAUAUGAACCAUGCCAGCAUCGCAUUUUGCAUUUCACUACAACCUUCAACACAUUCAUUCGUUAAGUCCAUCGUUCAAUCAACACUGUCAAAAUGCAUGACAAUACGCCCCCCUCCACUCCCCAUGACACAGAGGCCGACACAACCGUCGAAGAAACCACCGAGCCCGUCUUACAACUCGCCCGCACAUUCUCUCUAACUCGUACAUUCUCCGCCCUCUCAACCAACAUCAACCCGUUCCUCGCGCAAGACUCCCACCUCGACCCCAAGUCCCCAAAGUUUCAACCUGAAUCAUGGGUCAAGGCUUUGCUUCACGCUUUUUCGAAGGACCCGAGUAAGCAUCCGCGCUAUACAGCCGGUGUAUCCUGGCGCAAUCUCAGUGUGCAUGGCUUCAGCGAUCCGACUGAGUUUCAGAAAGAUGUCUUGAAUGUUAUUUGGAGAAGUCCUCUUGCUGCAAUUGAUUGGUUUGCGAAGAGGAAGCAGAAGGUUAAGAUUAUCACGGACUUUGAUGGACUUGUCAAGAGCGGAGAGUUGCUGCUUGUAUUGGGUCGCCCCGGGAGCGGUGUUUCUACUCUUCUCAAAACAAUCGCUGGACAUACCCACGGACUGCAUCUCGACGACUCAUCCGAGUUCAACUACCAAGGCAUCCCCUGGGAUCUAAUGCACCGCAACUUCAGAGGAGAAGUAAUCUAUCAAGCCGAAACAGACAUCCACUUCCCCCAGCUAACCGUCGGCGACACCCUCCUCUUCGCCGCUCUCGCCCGCACGCCCCAACAUAUCAUCGCCAACAUAUCCCGCCACGUCUACGCAGAGCAUAUGAGAGACGCUGUCAUGGCCAUGCUUGGUAUCUCCAACACGCUCAACACUAAGGUCGGCGAUGACUUUAUUAGAGGUGUUAGUGGAGGUGAGAGGAAGAGGGUUAGUAUCGCGGAGGCGGUUCUGAACCAGAGCGCUAUUCAGUGCUGGGAUAAUAGCACGAGGGGAUUGGAUAGUGCGACGUCGUUGGAGUUUGUGAGGAAGUUGAGGCUUGGUACGAAGCUUGGUGGUGCGAGUGCGAUUGUUGCGAUGUAUCAGGCCAGCCAGGCCGCCUAUGAUGCAAUACUACUCCUCUACGAAGGUCGCCAAAUCUUCUUCGGCCCAACAAGCGAAGCCACACAAUACUUUACCACCAUGGGCUUUGAAUGUCCUCAACGCCAAACAGCCGCCGACUUCCUAACAUCCCUCACAAAUCCCGACGAGCGAAUUGUAAGACCUGGCUUUGAGAACAAAGUGCCUCGCAGUCCUGAUGAAUUCGCCGACGAGUGGAGGAUGAGCCAGCACAGGGCUUCCCUUCUCAACGACAUCGCUGCGUUUGAGAUCCAGUAUCCUCUUGAUGGUAAACAAGUCGAGACACUGAAGGGUAUCAGGAGGGUUCAGAAGGCCAAGUUCACAUCUGACAAGAGCCCUUUUACAAUCUCGAUCCCAAUGCAGAUCCGUUUAUGUAUUGGUCGAGGUGUCAAGAGACUUCUCGGCGACAAGACCUUUUUCGUGGUUACUAUUGCAGUCAACUUCGUCAUGUCGCUUGUUCUUGGUAGUGUUUACUUUAACUUGCCCAGCACGGCUGAGGCUAUGAACCAACGAGCCUCUGUAAUCUUCUUCGCUAUUCUGUACAACGGCCUUAGCAGUGCUCUGGAAAUCCUCGCUCUCUACGUCCAACGACCGAUCGUCGAGAAACACGCAAGAUACGCUCUAUACCGCCCUCUCUCCGAGUCCGUCUCCUCCAUCAUUUGCGAUUUACCGUCCAAGAUCAUCUCAACACUCGCCUUCAACAUUCCGCUGUACUUCAUGGUGCACCUCCGUCGUGAUACCUCAGCUUUCUUCAUUUUUCUCCUCUUCGGCUUCACCACUACGAUGACAAUGUCCAUGAUCCUUCGCACCAUUGCCCAGUCGUCCAAGACAGUGCAUCAAGCCCUCGUCCCCGCUGCCGUCUUCAUCAUCGGCUUGGUCAUCUACGCUGGAUUCGUCCUCCCGAUUCGAAGCAUGAAGGGUUGGCUUAGAUGGAUCAACUACGUCAACCCAAUUGCCUACGCUUACGAGUCCCUCAUCGCGAAUGAGUUUUCGGGGAGGUCGUUCGGAUGUCAGACCAUGAUACCUUCUGGGCCAGGGUAUGAGAAUAUCGAGCCGACGCAGCGGACCUGUUCUGUUGCUGGUGCCCUGCCAGGACGCGACUUUAUCGACGGUGAUUUUUUCAUUGGGACUGUUUACAAGUACCACUACUCACACCUUUGGAGGAACUACGGCAUCCUGGUUGCUUUUAUCAUCUUCUUUACCUUCACUUAUCUCUUCGCGGCAGAGUACUUCUCAUCCGAAGCUUCCAAGGGUGAGGUCCUGGUAUUCCGCAAGGCUCAGAAGACUCAACCCAAAGAGACAUCCGAUGAAGAAGCCGCCACUUCCAACUUCCAGCCUCCAAGAGCGACGAGCGACGACACCAUCCACCCAUCGAUCGAGAAAGCACCAAGCUCUUCUACCUUUUGCUGGAGGAGUGUCUGCUAUGAUGUGAAGGUCAAAGGCGACACGCGACGUAUUCUCUCGGACGUUAAUGGUUGGGUUCAGCCUGGAAAGUUGACUGCUUUGAUGGGUGCCACCGGAGCCGGCAAGACCACGCUGCUCGACGUUUUGGCUGAUCGGGUGACCAUGGGCGUCAUCACGGGCGAUAUCCUUGUUAAUGGACUAUCACGCGGCAAGUCAUUCCAGAGAACCACGGGAUACGUGCAGCAGCAGGAUAUUCACCUCGAGACAUCUACCGUUAGAGAAGCCCUCCGUUUCAGUGCCGUUCUAAGACAGCCGACUGCUGUUUCUAUUCAGGAAAAGGUCGACUAUGUUGAAGAGGUGAUUAACCUGCUAGAAAUGGGCCCUUAUGCAAAUGCUGUCAUAGGAGUUCCGGGUAAAGGUCUCAACGUUGAGCAAAGGAAGCGUCUUUCCAUUGGCGUCGAGCUAGUCGCCAAACCCGAAGCCCUUAUCUUUCUCGACGAACCUACCUCCGGUCUCGACAGUCAAACAGCAUGGGCAAUCGUGUCUCUACUUAAGAAGCUCGCAGACCACGGGCUAGCUAUCCUAUGCACCAUUCACCAACCAUCCGGCAUCAUCUUUCAGCAAUUCGACCGACUGCUACUUUUGGCGAAGGGUGGUAAGACUGUUUAUUUUGGAGACAUCGGUGAGAAUGCCACUACCCUAACGGGGUACUUUGAGAGGCAUGGUGCUAUCCGUUGCCGACCGGAAGAGAAUCCGGCUGAGUGGAUGCUACUCGUCAUCGGUGCUGCACCGGGUGCUCAUACGGAUCGUGACUGGGUUGAGACCUGGAAAGAGAGUUCUGACUUCCAGCGUGUCCAGAAGGAGCUUGACAACAUGACUCGGUCUAGACAUGUCUCUAGCGAAACGGACGCAGAGGAUACCUCUUACGCUGCUUCGGUUUCGCAGCAGUUCCUGGCUUGUACCCAGCGCGUUGCCCAGCAAUACUGGCGAACGCCGACUUACAUAUACUCCAAACUAUCACUUUGCUUUAUCACCAGUCUCUUCAUCGGCCUCUCCUUCCAGAACUCCCCACUGUCUCUCCAAGGUCUCCAGAACCAACUCUUCUCAAUCUUCAUGCUCCUCGUGAUCUUCGCGUUCCUAACCUACCAAACAAUGCCCGGCUUCGUCACCCAACGCACACUGUACGAAGGACGUGAAAGGUCUUCCAAAACAUAUGCUUGGUACAACCUUAUUCUCGCCAACACAGUCAUCGAAAUGGCUUGGAACUCUGUGGCGUCUUUGGCGGUCUACUUCCCGUUCUAUUUCCUCGUUGGUAUGUACGGCAACGGUCGCAUCACGGAUACGCAGCAUGAACGAGGUGCAUUUAUGUUCCUCUUGACCUGGGCGUUUAUGGUUUAUGAGGGGACUUUUUCGCACAUGGCUGUGGCUGGGGCGCCGACUGCUGAGGUUGGAGCGACACUUGGGCUGUUCCUGUUUAUGAUGUCCCUUGUGUUUUGCGGUGUUCUCGUUCCAUACUCGGGUCUCCCUGGGUUCUGGACCUUCAUGUACCGCGUCUCCCCCUUGACAUACCUCAUCGGUGCCAUGAUCUCAAAUGGCGUUGGUAAGCAAGAAGUAACCUGCUCAGAGAUCGAGUUUCUCCAGUUCCAGACUCCGGCAAAUCUCACGUGCGGAGAAUAUGUUGGCCAAUUUGUACAAGCGGUCGGAGGCGCCUUGUCCAACCCGGAAUCGAACCAGACGUGCCUUUACUGUCCGAUUGCUUCGACUGAUACAUACCUUGGAACUUUAAGUAUUCACUAUAGUGAGAGAUGGAGAAACUUUGGUUUAUUGUCGGCUUUUAUUGUAUUCGAUGUGGUUGCGGCUUUAGCGGCGUAUUGGAUCAUCAGGGUCCCCGAGAAGGGCAAACGAUUCUUGUUUUGGAAGAAGUAGCGUUUCGCAGGGCAUUACUUCUUUUGGAUCACCAUAUUAAAAGGCUGUACAUUUAUACAGUCGCUUCAACUUAGCACUAUUUAUAAUACCUUUUACUAAGC